ACCUGGACCCUGAAACCAUUUUUAUUUGGGGGGCUGAAGAGUCAAGAAAAUCCCCUAUUUCCAGAAGAAAUUCAGCAGAGUCUAAAAUUGGAAGUCUUAAUUAUCUCGGGUAAGAAGAAGAUGGUAAGAGUAGCGUCGUUCUUCGGGAUGGCAUUCGGGGCCUUCAUCUUCUGGCAAACUAUGGACAAAGUCCACGUCUGGAUUGCCCUCCACCAAGACGAAAAGCAAGAGAGGAUGGCAAAGGAAGCUGAGAUCAAGAAGAUGAGAGAGGAGCUGUUGCGACAGAACAGAGAAAGGGGUGAUACUCUUCUCUGAUGUCCUCAGUAGUUUGAUUUUGGAGGCAUCAGAUUAAAUGCCAAAUUGAUUCCCUGCUGUACCUUUCCUUUUCCUGGUUCAGCUUCAGAUCAUCCAGUUUACCUUUUGCAGAUUGAUCAUAAACUGAGGACUUUUCUGUUAAAUUGUUUACUAGAAUCAGCCAUGAAGCCUACUUUGCUUCUCUCUCAACAAUUGGCUGUGUAUGUUGUUUUUUUUGUUUUUCUGGAAGUUUGAUUGCAGUUACUCUGAAUCCUUGAUGCUUUAGCAUUUUCCAUGUUGAAUAAGUUGUUCGUAGUGGUAUUCACUUGUUGAGCUCUAUA